AUGGCGAGGCCGCCUCCCUCGCCUCUUCCUCUUCUUCUUCCUCGCCUCCAAACGACCAGGGACCGCCUCAUGCCCACCGCCUUCUCCGUCGCCUACCGCACAUUCCUCCUCUGCCUCCUCCACAGCCUCGUCGACCUCCUCAUCAAUGGCCACGCUAAAAAUGCAUCCUAUCUCGAACCUAAGACGACGCUAAAAAGCAUCGUCAGAAGCCAACGCACCAGGCUAAAUCCCAACCCUCUUCUGACCACCCCCGUCGGAAGCCACCCUCACACACCAGUCUCUCUCUACCCUCGAGCCUCAUCUCUCUCAUCCCUCCUCCCUCUCUCAUCAUCAUCGCCCCCCCUCCCUAACCCCCUCCCCUCCUUGGAUCCCGACUCCGCCCCUCUCUCCCCCGAACUGUGGAUCCUCAAGUCCCGCCUCGUCGCCGGCGAGACCCUCUACGGCCUCUUCCUCCUGCGCUCCUCCCCGACCCUCGCCGAGAUCGCCAGCCUCGCCGGCUACGACUACGUGGUCGUCGACAUAGAGCACGGCUCUGGCGGCAUCGCCGAGGCCCUCCCCUGCCUCCGCGCCCUCGCCGCCGCCCUCACCCCAGCCAUCCUCUGCCUUCUGCAGCUCUCCGCCGCCAGUCAGGAGAAGGCCCGGCGUCCGUAA